AUGGGCGACUCGUUGGGCUUUGACGACGGCCGCCUUGCGAAGCGUGUUAGGCUCGUCUCGUCGCCAGAGCUUCACAACAAUCGUGAGACCGAGGCGUCUUCUCAACAACAGGUGUGGCAUCCGCCGCCGCCUUUGCAACUGCAGCGAGAACACCAGCGCUGCUCUUCCUCUUAUGAGCAGCAACAGGGCCAGUCAUCGUUAUUGCACGCAGACCCCCAGCCCCAGCACGUGUCCCCUCCUCUGCCACAGUAUGUUGCUGCUUCUGCGCCCUCCACAGGCAUUGCCAUGGUAGGUUUACCCGCGGCAGACGACUGGUGUAGGAAUUAUGCUUGGUCGAACGAGCCGUCCGCCACCACCUUGGCCCCCCCUUCUCAUCUACAGCUCGGUGCUUGCAGAAACAGCCUCGAAACCGGGCAUAUCCACCCCACGCCGUCGCCGUCGACUACCUAUGGAGCCUUCCCAGCAGCGACCACCGGUACCUUGUACGCACCUUCAGAUCCAACUGCUUCUACUAAUAACGAAAUGCUUCACUGCCUCUGCCACGAUCUGACACGCUAUCCAGUCAUACCUACGACGUCACAACUUGACUUUCCUCCUACCGUCACUUCGGAAACUCUCCACUCUUCUGGUCCGACACAAUUUGAGGCUGCAUUUACACCACCAAUUUCUCGACCUUCACUUCCCAGUGAUGACUUCCCAGUGUCCUCGUCAGGGAUUGUAGGCGAUGAUCAUCCUCCUCCUCAAUGUAGCCACGCUUCCCGCCAUCAUGUUUUUCAUAGUCCCUUCAGAGACUGUAUCGGUACCUUUGGACUACACAGGUCUCAGUUCUUUAGUCGCCCCAUAGACGGCAAGGUGAAUGGUUAUAUUAAAUUCUCUUGGCCCAAAGAGAAGCAUGGAAAGCAACGCUCAACUGGGCUCAAGCCCUCAAUUCCCGACGCCACCAGAGUCGUGGAAAUUGAUGGUUCUACACAAGCAAACGACGAGUUGGCGCCGCCAUCUUCAACGACCUUCAUUGGCCCCUCCUCAGUGCCUUCAAAAGGUGGGGAAGACUUGCUGGAACUGACGGUCGAUUUAUCAAGCUUUUUCAAUCAACCGUCAACCCAAAAUUUCACGUCUCACACUCCAGUCUGGUUUACUUCGUCAUCCGUCUCCAAUUCUUCUAACGAAGUUGCUUGUAUGGGGGCGCCAAAGAUGCUGCCAUCUCAAUAUGGGUAUGAGGCUAAAAUGGACGACACUGAUAGACGAUUUUGGAUGUUCUAUAUUCGGAACUGGUGUCCGGGUCGCAGUGUAUUGGAAGAUACAAAUCUGUGGCUGAAGGAUUUCGCCCAAAUGCACAAAAGCGUUGGUGUCCGAUCAGCCAUCCAGAGUCUAGCCGGCAUUUAUAUUUAUGAUUAUUUGCCACUGGAGUCUAUUCGUAACAGAGUCAAUCAACGUUUCUCCGACGCUGAGGAGCGAUUUUCCCAACUUCUCAAUGACCCGAUGACUGCCACAGACGAAACGCAGGCAAAUGAGCUAAUCACGAUUGCUGUCAUUCUCUCCAUGCAAGAUAUCGUCUUAACAGAACGCCGCCUGAAAAAGCCAUUUUCUCCCCGUUGGCUUCAAGGAUUCCGCCAGGGAGAGCAAUUUCUUCAAGCAACCGACCAUGGAUCGCGAUUUUGGAAAUCAUCAAAUGUACAGUCAUCAUCUCUACGAAACUCGCAAUCGAUCAUUGUUGGCCGCGCAGUUAUCUUGGCCCAGCCCUUGUCCUCAUUACCCCCUCCACACAAAUUUGAUGCCCAGCAAGAAGCAUCCCGAUUUGGCUGGCUGCUCUACGGCACAGAAAAAGACAUGUACCAGAUUCAUGGUGGUUGUGGGUUUUCAAAGAAGCUGCUACAUGUGCUGAACCAAGUAACAUAUUGUGCUGCACGUUUACAGCAAGAGCCGGAAAGUCCCGUUGUUCCAAUGACAGCGGAUUAUUUGUAUAGAGAGCUUCUCCAGAUGAGACAAUGGAGUCCUGAAUCAAAGAGUUGGGAGGCUGCACAAUCUGGACUAUCCGUUAUUGAUUGGGUUCGUUCUGUACCAGAGAAUUACCAGAUUGACACAAACGCAUUCAUGACAGACGUCACCGCGGAGGCUUGGCGUUUUGCUGCCAUUAUUUACCUGCAGUGUCGUGUGAUGCGGUUGCCUCGAAACCACUCCGACGUGGUUUCGAAUUUGGAUGACCUGGCAAGAUGCAUUACGAUCAUGCCUACAUCGGGAAGCCAAUUUACAGCCCAGGCACCGCUAUUCCCCGUAUUUUUGUUGGGCAUGCUAGCAACUAAACGAGAGCAUAAAGCCGUUUCAGAAAACUGGUUCGACGAGGUUCUGCAGACCCCCGUGAGGAGUACAAAUCAACCCAUCCACCUCCGAAACCCUUGGUGGGAACGACUUGUGACCCUUGUCCAGAAGCAAGAGCAAGAAUUCCUCUGCCUAACAUAA